UCCGGACUCCACUCAGACAGCAGACAUGAGGGCAGUGGGAGAACUGGUCCUGGUACUGGGCUUACUGGUGAGCGCUCACUGCGAAGUGAGGGCACGAGACCCUGAGGUGGAGGAGGAAGAGGAGCUGGGAGGAAGAGGGGGAAGACUGACCCCCCCCCAACCUGGGGAGACCCCUCUGAAUGGACCGAUGGGGAACUACCGAGCCCGACAGGGGAACUGGUGUUUGUUCGUGUAUAAACAUGAACAACCGAUGGAGGUGGCAGCUGGAACAGAGAAGCAAAGCCAGAGGAUCAGGUACAGGUUGUCCCCGCGGCCGGUGGACCGGCACCGGGAGGCGGUCGUCUCCUCUCUGGGGUGGAGCUGCUGCCCAGGACACCGAGGACGGAACUGUGAGGAGACAGUCUCUGGUCCUCAGCUGGGCUCCACAGGACCUGAACCAAAGUGGAUCCAGGCCCGGGCUCCAGACCCUCAGGCUCAGCAGCACGGUGACCCAAACCGCGAACAGAACGACUUCUACGGGUCCAUCAACCUGUAUGACACCUCCUACCCGAACCAGGACACGGGCCACGACCCCCACCGCAAAGCUCAGCCCGCCUUCAGAACAUACCCCCACCGCUAUCAACGCGUCCAGCACCAGCAGCCUCCAGAUGUAGAUGAGGAGGAAGUUGCUGCUUUGACGGACCUGGACAUCCCCACCAUCCCUCCCGUCCCGAAUGAUCCCAUGCCACCCGUCCAUAAUGAUCCCACCCCUCCUGUUCUGAACUACCCCACCCCUCCAGUCCCCCACAUGAUGGACCUGGUCAUGUCCCAGCUGAAGCCGCUCCUGGAUGGCUUCAAACAUUCUCUGGAGAACCUGAAUGAGCAGGUGGGGAAUCUGGCCCAGGACGUGGAGCAGCUGAAGGCUGGAUGGAGGCUAGAGGAGCCUAGACGUGAUGACGGAGCAGAGGAGGUCCUGGAAGCCAAACUGGACGAAGUGCUUCAGCAAGUUGGGGCAGUCCAGAGGCAGAUGGAGGUUCACCGCUCCAACAUGGAGAACCAGCUGCACUCCCAGCAUGCAAUGAUGCAUUACAAUCUCACCAUCUUCAAGACAGAUGUGGACAUGAAGCUGAAGCGCCACCAGAAGAUGCUGCAGGUCAGCCUGCAGGCCAUGAACGCCACGCUGACUGAGCUGAAGUUGGAUCAAGAACAGCUCCAUGAAGACGAGCCAGAGAAUCAUCUCCCCACCCCGCCACCACCGCUGCACCCAUCAGAGACGACGGCGCUCUGGGAGGCCAUCACACGGCUGGACAAUAUGGUGGUCAACAACACAGUAAAGGUGGACGGGCUGAUGGAGGACAUGGAGGUGACAUCAGCUGAUGUCCAGCAGCUGUCACAGCACCUGAAGCAGCUGGAGCAGCAGAUCAACCAGACGGCUCGGAACAGCCAGGUCCUGUUCAUGGAGACAGGGCUGGAGGUGGAGGACUCCAAGGUGAAGGUGCUGAGGCAGGUGGAGGAGCUGGCGGGGAACCUGACGCAGCACAAGCAGGCGCUGCAGGAGACAGAGUCGGACGUGGACUACCUGUUCAACACUAUCUACAAACACAACUCGUCCACAGACUGCAACUGCAAAGACCUGAAGGUCGCUGUGGUGAACCUGGAGAGGGGCGUGGCCAAUGUGACGAUGCUGGCCAAAGAGAACAGACUGACUCUGGAUGACAUCAGCGAGGUGGGGCCGUGGGGCGGAGCCAGCGAGUGGGAGCCAGCAGUGGAGGACCUGCGGCACAAACUGCAGCUGGUGGAGGAGUGUCUGACCUUGGAGCAGAACAAAACCAGGUCUCUUGAACAGAACCUGACCCAGCUGGGCGGCUCAGUGUCAGUUCUGCAGGAGACGGACAAGAAGCUGAAGCUGGACAUAAGAGUCCUGUCUGAGUCCUUCCGCGCUCUGCUUAAGGACGCUGUCCGACACAGCGAGGUGCUGCAGCUCCUAAUGGGGGAGGAGGUGCUGGAGUUCCUGGAGUGGCCCCUCCAGGACCAGGAGGCCCACUCCAUCCCGGCUCUGAAGGAGCAUAUCAGGAUCCUGCAGGAGCAGCUGGGAAGCCACAGUGAGAGGAGACCUGCAGGGAUUAACACCUCAGGAGACAUGGAUGAGGUUCCCGCUGCUGACCAGCCCUCCUCCUCCUCCCACCACCUCCCAGUCUGGCUGCCUGGUGCCAUGAGGAGGAGCGAAGGUGGAGUUCCAGCGAGGGAGCGCCAGUUGCUCCACCUCCACCCUGAGGGGAGGCAGCAUGCUGGAGACGGCGGCGACCUGUGGAACCUGAAGAAGAUGGUGGAGAAGCUGGAGCAGAGACUGAUCCAGCUGGAGGAGACCCCCUGCUCCUGCAACAGCACAGUCACCCAGCAGGAGGUGCCCACCGCAGAGCUGCAGGAGGAGGUGAUGUGGCUGAAGAGAGGGCUGGAGGAACAUCUGAGAGUGUUCAAGCAUGUGUUCAGUAACGCCGACGUGUUGGUGGCGUCUGACGCCACACUGGAGCUCGAUAAGCUGUGGCAGCUGAUGAAGAAGAAGGACGAGAAGAAAGGAGGAGGAGGAGGAAAAGGACAAAAAGGAGCAGAAGGGAGGCGGCGCAUCAGGAGGGAGGCAACAGGUGCAAACGUCCCCUCCAGCCAAUCAGGCGUCUCUUUGCUGUUUGUGGCCAGAUCUCCUCGGAUUGCCUCCAACGCCGCCGUCACUUUCCAGCCGUCUCUGAACAGGGGUCAGUUUUACUCCAAUGCUGGUGUCUUUACAGCUCCAGAGGAUGGGAUCUACCUGUUCAUCAUCACCUUGGACCUAAGGCCAGGCCCCGCCCACGUGGUCCUGAAAACAGGGGACAACAGGGGGGGAGCUCCGGUGUCUCUGCAGCGGGAGGAUGUGAUGGAGGCGGGGCCUGGCACUGGUGUGGGCCUCAAGCUGCUGAAGGAGGGGGAAGAAGUGAGACUGGAACUGAGGAGAGGAGAGUGGGUGGAGUCAGAGGACAACGUGUUUGUAGGGCUGCUGCUGCACCCAACCACCUGAGGGCGCCGUGGACCAAUCAGGUGCAGGGAAGAAUCCAGCGAGCAGAGUCAGAUGUCUGCUGGAUUCACAGAGGGCGGAGUUUUUACCUCUGAAGAGAGAAGAAGAAACUCAAAAACAAAAAAUGACUUUGAAUGCUUUUUUUUUUAUUAACGUAAUUUAAACAAACUGGAUCAUCUUAUCGUGAUGCAGAAAAUAUUUUACUCCUCAUUACCUGGAAACAAAAUAUGAAACUAUUUAAUUUAAUCUGCACAUUUAACUCAAUGUUUAAGUAAAAGUUUGCAUGGAAACAAGACAUUUUUUUAACACUGCCCGUCGAAAACAAAGUCCCACUCUCUAAAAUCUUUCUAUAACGGAACAUCUUUUCUACUAGCAGGAAACGUGUGCUUCAGUCAGUGAAUUUUAUUUUGUGAUUAUUCAUCUUUUUGUUAGCCUGAAAAAAAUUAAUAAUCAUGAUGGUUCUCCCUGAGGUACCAAGGAAUCCUUGAUUGAAAUGAAAUGGAAAAUUCCCACAUAUGAUAGAAUAUCCAAGAUAUUCUUAGAGAUGAAAGGAAUUCCUGAAGAAGAGCUGUCUGAAUGUAGCCCACACUGCCCCCUUCAGGUGACUCCACACAGCAGUUUACCUGAGAAGUCAGUCGUUUGUUUGGGGAGAAACAGAAACAUGUCAGAGAAAAUUUUUCACACAUUAGCAGACGUUUACUUAAAGCUUUUAGCUUUCUUCACAUCUUCUAAAUGUAAAUGUGUUUUUACUGGUGGGAAAAAACAAACACUGAGAUCCUCUGGACGUCCACCAUCUGUGUAGGAGGACGAGAACCAGUCAUUUAUUUAUAGAAAUUCAUUUCUAUUUAUUUAGUAAAUGGUAAAAGCUGA